AUGCAGAACGGAGGGGCGCAGCUGCGGGCGAUGGAGACGGAGGGGCUGGUGGACGCGUUCAUCGCUUCCUUCCUCUCCUGCCGGAGUCUCGCGACGUUGCAUGACCUCGAAGAGGAGCUCGUCACCUUCCUGCUCAGCCACUCCAUCAGACCUCCUGCCCCCCGCGUCGACAACCCUGAGGAGAUCUUGCUCGAUGAUGACGAUACAGAGAGAGCAGGCGACCAUCAACAGAACAGCUCAGCUGGUCCCACUCAUGCUUCUGCGCCUCACUUUGACGACUGGCAUCUUUGUCCUCUCGUCCUUCGCCCCUUGAUAAUCUACAACUUUGGGCCCCCGCCAGGUAUGGUGCAAAUCCCGAGGUUCUCGUCGGGAGAUCUGAUGCAGCUUGCGAUCGAAUACUACAAGCAUGCGCACAGACAUCAGCCAUUCCAAACACUUUAUGCUGCAGAGGAUAAUGCAUCCUUCCAGGGGUUUUGUGAAUACGUUUGUAAAGUGAAGAAAUUAAACAGCGUGAGCGAGAUUGGCAUGCGAAGGCAGGCGCCAGAGCCUCUCUUCAAGCGAGAUCUCUUUCUCUUGUUGCAUGCCAACGCCAAGUACGAAGCGUUGUUUCGAUCCAAGAACAGCAGAGUUCAUACGGCGGUCUGCAUGCAUCCUCCCAGUGAAAGCAAGAUGCUACAAGUGGUGAAAGAGAUGCUGGCGAGCUCUCAGAAGAGAAAGGCAGGGAAGAUGCUAGAGGAGGAGACCUUGUGCUUAGACAAAGAUUUGAUCUGCUCGCUCAUUACUGAGUACGUCAUGCUACACUUGGGAUCGAGCAAGUAUCGGAAGAAAAGGUGGACUGCAGAAGACAAAGAUGCUCAUGAGCCGAACACGGAGGAGAUGAACGACAUUCCCUCGCCGAAUGAGGACAUGGACUCAAAACGUCCAUCUGACGAUACGCAUUCCAACCAAGUCCAAGCGAGGGUCGCUGAUUCCAAUAUGGUAGAGAAAGACGACAAGGGCAAUGCCAGCAACGAUUCGCAGCAAUCGAGACCGGAACAAACACAAGAGAGCCAAACAUUGCAUUCUGAUCUCGCGAUACUUGCAGCUAAGGAAACAAGGGAGAAUGGGGACGGUCCAUCUGUCCAUGUCAAUCUUGACAUGCACAACCGUGUUCUGCCUCUUGAUCGGGCAGUGGAAGCGCGCAAGCCCAACAGCUUCCGCGCGCCGCAGCUGAUGGCGGAUCGAGUCACGUCCGUCUGCAUCCCCUGGACGACUUGUGAGCCACGGGAGAGCCUCGACGUUGGGCGGUGGGGAGAAGCGUUGGUGUACCGUCUUCUUACACUGGCAUACCCCAACCACAUCGUCUGUUGGAUGAAUGAGCAAGAGGAGAGCAAAUGUUUCUAUGAUGUGAGCGUCAGCGAGCCCGAGGAUACUGAUCACCGAUCUGUCCCUCGUCCUCGACUCUCAUCAACAAGGUAUGUUGAAGUCAAGUCUACUUUCACCAGCGAUCGCAAUGUAUUUGAGAUAUCCCAAGCUGAGCUAGAGUUUGCGAUGAAGCCGGGGAUUCACUAUAGCAUCUUCCGAGUCUUUGGCGUCGGCGAUCGCUCGCAGCUGCGAAUCUCAAUCAUUGAUGACCUUCAGGCUGCUUUGAGGUUCAUACAACAUUCCUGA